UUCUCUCUGUAAAUAGCGUCACAUCUAAAUUAAUUUAUUUUUAGUUGAAGGCAUCGCUGUCCUGUACUGUGCGUUUUUUCUCCACAUAAUAAAAAUAUUUGCGGAAUCCGAGAGAAAAAAAAAUCUCUCCACGUGGCUCCACUUUUAAAAUGUCAUCAGAUGCUUCAUUCAUGCACCUUCACAGGCUCCCCCCUCUGUCUGGUUGGUCAUCACUGUGUUUAUUCUGCAUCAGAGUGGGAUGUAGAUCCCGCACACAGCUUCUCCUUGCGAUUUUUUUUUUUUGUUUUUUUUUUUUUGAGCCCAGGAAAUGAUGGAGUCCAGUCUGCUGGAAGUCGUUUGGAUGGAGUGUCUUUUUUAUUAAUGAGAAGGAGAGCGUAUUCUGGAGGUUGUUGGGGUGUUUUGUGAAUGUUUGCAGUGGGAUGGGCCUCAAACAUCUCCUGUGUUUGCUGCUCUGUGCGGCUGCCCUGACAGUUUCAGGAGUUUUUGGUGAAGAUGAGAGUGACGAGGCGUUCAGGUGGAGCAGUCAGAGCCUCCCGAUGCUGCUGGACACAAACACCGAGCUUUUAAGCAAACCUUUGUUCAGAGGGCAGGAGGAGGAUGAGGUGAGAGGGGGGAAGAAGACACUCUGUGGGAUAGAGUGUCAAAGCGGCCUACCGCCUAUAGACCAGGCUGAGCAAGAGAGGAUUCUGGGAUAUGAGACCAUGUAUGAGAAUGGCACACGCACACGUACAGAAAUCACUUUGCUUGGCUUUAACAAGACAUCUACGACUAUGACUGCCCACGCUCAGUCACGUUCUCGCAGGAAACGGCAAAUUUACGGAGCAGAUGGCCGCUUUGUGAUCUCCGACUCGCACUUCGUUGCCAACUACCCUUUCUCCACUGCAGUCCGCAUCUCCACAGGCUGCUCUGGAAUUCUAGUUUCCCCAAAACAUGUGCUAACAGCAGCUCACUGCAUCCAUGAUGGCAAGGACUACCUGGAGAGUGCCAGAAGGAUCAGAGUAGGAGUGCUGCAACUCAAGUCCAAAGGAAGAAGAUUGGGUAGAAGGAGAGGAUUCCGGAAGAGGGUUGGGAGGAAAGGAGAGGGGGAGACAGGUGCGGAGCAGAAUAGUAUAGAUGGAGUUGUAGUGAGAGGGAGAAUGAGAGGCAGGAAGCACAGAGGAAGAAAAGAGGACAAUCAAUUGGCAGGUGAUGAUGAAAACACAAAUGAGUUAGAAAGAGGUAGAGGGAAGCGAAAAAAGGCCGGUCUCAACCGCACACGACGCAGUGCUGAACCCAAGAAGCAGACUGUCUUUCGUUGGUCAUCAGUCAAACAAACCCACAUCCCUCAAGGAUGGAUCCUCCCCACAAGCUCCACCAACUCUGUGGCCACCAACUCUGUGGCCACCGACUACGAUUAUGCUCUUCUGGAGCUGAGACGACCUGUCAAUAAAAAGCACAUGGAACUCGGAGUGGCACCCUCUUCAACCUCCCUGGCCCGUAUCCACCUCUCAGGCUAUGACGCUGACAAAAGCCUUCUGGACGGGCGCGGAGACGAGAAGGUGGUCUACCGCUUUUGCUCAGUGGCAAAGGAGUCUGACGAUUUGAUGUACCAGCACUGUGACGCGCAGCCGGGCGCUACAGGCGCAGGUGUUUACGUUCGACUGAGACAGAAAGCGGGAGAUGCAGGCAGGAAAGGGAAGUGGCAGCGGAGGGUGAUCGGGGUGUACUCAGGCCAUCAGUGGGUGGACGUGGAGGGGGGCGAGCAGAGGGACUUUAAUGUUGCAGUGAGGAUCACUCCUCCCAAAUAUGCGCAGAUCUGCCACUGGAUCCAUGGAGAUCCCAAGCGUUGUAAAGAGGUUUGAACUACAGAGCAACACAUAUACAAAAGAAAAUGAUCUGUUGUCUCUUAGGAGGCUCAAAGAUCAGAGCAGAUAUGUGUAAAACUUCUAAGAAACAGUCUUAAGUAUCAUAAAUUUUGAUUUAUGAGUCAAAAAAUUCUUGGUGCAAGUAGGACUUACAGUAGACGCUUUGUAUAAAGAAGCUGAAAGUAACUUUUAGUAAAGUAAUUGUGAAAAGUGUAAUUCCCACAGUAAGUGUAGACUGCAGUGACUCUUGAGGACUACAAUUGUAAUGCCCUUCCUCUAGCACUGAAACAGCCAAUAGCACGCCUCCAAAGGUGACAUGUCAUCAUAUUAGUCAUCACAGCUUCAUUGCCAUCCUUAAGACUACACAUCAUUCAUUCAAUCUAACACUUUAUACACUUCAGUAUUUUGCAGCAUACAAGACAAAAGCUUAUAGAAGACGUUCAGUUAUGACUAUUUGGGACAUUAUUCAUAAGAAUCUUAUAUGAGUUCAAGAAUGAUAUAGUAAACAUUUUCAGUGAUGCUCAUCUAUGGAGGUCAUAUAAAAAAGUUUGUAUAUUAUUUAAAUACAUGUUUAAUUGACCUAGAAAUAAAGCAUUUCCUUCAUAAGUUUAUUGGCAUGUUUAUGUAUUCAGGAACAGUUUAAUUUGUUAUUUCUGUGUUUUGCUAUUCAUUGUCUUGGUAUUCACUCCUUGUACUCACAGCUUAGCUAAUAUAGUAAUUAUUGCACUUUUUUGUGAUUAAUUUACAGUAAAUGGGGGUAAUAUGAACAUUAGGAAGAAUCAGACUAAUAAGUGAACAUUUGAUUGUAUUCAUGCUGGAUCCAUCAUGUCAUGAACUUUUUCAUGUAAUAUAAGAGUGUGAGAAUUAGGACAGGUGUAUCUUUCGUUAAUUUAUCAUCAUACAUUUCCAGAAUAUGGUAAAUUUGUAGCCUCUGCAUCUGCAGCUCUGGAAUAAUUGGACAACAGAGAUCAAGACUUUUUAUUCUUAAUUGUAAGAAUUACAGCAACAUUUUUGAAUUUCAAGAUUCAGUAUUUAUUUUACUUUGUUUAUUUAGUAUAAAUAAAGUAUUUAAGACCAACAUUUUAUCCUGAGCAGCUUUAUACAUACCGGCUCAGGAAUGCUGAUCUGAACCAGUCUAUUUUGUCAUUUACUGUUUGAUUUAGAGACUGUAGGAAACCACAGGAAGCUCUAAUUACAUGUAAAAGAUGCAAAUCCAUUGUCACCUCUUCUAGAUACCACAGUGGUUUGUAUGUCUCUGAAACACUUAAGUUAUAUGCAUCUGUAAGUGUAAUAAUUAUCUAAAGGAAAAACAAAACCCUUCUCACGUAAACACCUUGCUGUGUAGUGUAGCCUGUUAGUCCUCAUUUCACUUCAUAUUUAAAGGGAAUAAUGUGUCCAAACAACAUAUGUAUGUGUUUUCUGAUGUUUGAAAACUGUUAAAAUACAAAUCUGAUAAUG